AUGACUAAAAUUUCUAAUUUUUUGGUGCCUAGUCUUCAUAUUUAUUUUAUCUACAUAUUAUACACUAAAUCUUUGUACCAAGGAGAUGGAAAAAUGUAUAAGAGAAAGGCUUACCUCCAAAACCUCUUAAGUUAUUCGAAGGAAAUCACAUUUGAUACGGCAAAUGCUGGAGUCGAGUUCAAUGCGUUUGCCAAUAUUCUCAAAAAAAUGCCAAAAACUCCCUAUGUUAUUUUGUUCGAUUCCUCAAAUAUAGAUGUUUUGUAUAAUCAUAUAUGUAAUCUAAAAUUCAUUCCAAAUGCUGUAUCACGGAUUGUGGCAAUCGCUUUCGAUAAGGAUGCUCAUUUGAAACUUCAUGAGAAAUAUCCAAAUAUUCCGAAUAUUCUUAUUGAUUUGACGCCGUUGAAGAAAUCAAUAGAAGCUGUUCAAGAGAAUCGUGAAUAUUUAACAUACGGUUUAGUGUUGAUGGUUCGAGCAAGAAUAUGCGCUCAUUUGGCACAACGAGGAGUCAAUUUCUGGCUCAUGCAACAGGAUACAAUAUGGACUGAAAAUUUACAAAUGUCAUAUUUAGAAGAAAAGUACCCAGAAGCUCAUUUGAUCUUAGAUAGAAUUGGAAAUGAAAUGCCAUUUUUCUAUCGAAUGCAAAUGUGGGCCUGUGGAGCUACAUUUUUUGUGAGAGGAAGUCCUACAACUUAUCAGUAUUUUAAACAAGUUGAAUCAUAUAUGUUCACUGAUCAAAGUCCUGAUUCAACAAUUAUGACUUACCUUUGUGGUCAUAAUGGAUACAAAUGCGAGUUUCUGUCCUAUUCAGUUGCUUCGUCUAGUAAUUAUUUUGAAACAUUACGUGAAUACGUUCCCGCGUUGAUUCAACUUGACGGUGAAAAGAAAGACAAAGAAACAAAAAUGGAUACUUUGACAAGAGGAAAGUUCAACUUUCAAUUCAAGAAUGGUACAUGCAAUGAGAAAGCGUAUAUGAAUGCAAAACAAAGCGCAAAAACUGCUUAUUUGGAUGCAAUUGGACGAUGGCCGGUUCCACCAGAGUCACAAUAUCUUAAAAUACAAUUUUUCCUUGGCAACCUGUUUAACGUCGACCCGUGGAAUAGAAAAGCUUUUAUGAAAUAUCAUUAUUCUCUUCUCCAAUAA